CCUCGCUCGUGGGGCAGCCAGCUGGGAGCAGCGGGCAGUGAGGCAGCCGGCCCCUCCGCCCCGGCCAGGGGGACGCACUCAGUAAACACAAAAGUGAGAGCCACUCAAGGGGCAGCCAAAGCAAGAGGAGAGAAAGAGAAGGGAAGAAAAAAAGGGUGAAAAAAAAACCCAGGAAAAAAAAAAAGGAAAAGGAAAGGAAAGCGCUCGCUCGCUCUUUCUCUAGAAUAACAAAAUACCUGAUUGUAACAAAAUAACAUCCUUCAGAAAAAAUCCAGCAGGGACUUGACAUACCAAAAAGGCAAGGCGAGGAGAACGUGCCAGGGCCCGAGGAAGGCGAGCCAAAGCCGCGAUCGCUGCCAGGGCAGGAGAGCAGCAUGUCAAGCGCCGGGGCACACACGGAUGAGCGCUGCCGGCAGCCCGCCUUCCUUCCCGGCCCGCCGCCGCCGCAAGAAGUUGAGAGUAGCAGCGGCAGUGCCAAGGUGCAGAGGAUGUGUGCGGCGAGGCGGAUGCUGCUGCUGCUGCUGGCUUUCCUGGCCUACGCACUGGAUUCAGCGGCUGCGUACGGCACGGCGGAGACCCUCUGUGGCGGGGAGCUGGUGGACACACUGCAGUUCGUCUGCGGGGACAGGGGCUUCUAUUUCAGUAGACCGGUGGGACGAAAUAACCGGCGGAUCAAUCGGGGGAUUGUGGAGGAGUGCUGCUUUCGGAGCUGUGACCUGGCUCUGCUGGAGACAUACUGCGCCAAGUCCGUCAAGUCGGAGCGUGACCUCUCCGCCACCUCCCUGUCAGGCCUGCCAGCCCUCGGCAAGGAGAGCUUCCAGAAGCCCUCGCACGCCAAAUACUCCAAGUAUGAUGUGUGGCAGAAGAAGAGCUCCCAGCGGCUGCAGCGGGAAGUGCCCAGCAUCCUGCGGGCUCGCCAGUACCGGUGGCAGGCUGAGGGGCUGCAAGCGGCUGAGGAAGCCAAAGCGCUGCAUCGUCCCCUCAUCUCCCUGCCCAGCCAGAGGCCUCCAGCGGUGCGAGCCUCCCCGGAAACGGCUGGCCCCCAGAAAUGAACCCUGACCAGCUGUCUCGAUUUUUGAUCUCCUGGGGGAGGGCGGGAGGACUGGUGAUUCCCGACCCCCAAGCCCCUCCGUCCCCGGGGCCGCUGAGCCAAGGAGCGGGCGGCGGGGCACCCUCACGCCGCUCUGGCCCCAACCAAACAACUGACACAGCAAGGAGGGGAUGGUGGCAGCAGCGGCGGUGGCGAGCAGCACCGCUCCCACGGCAUCGUCCUUUUGGGGUGGGGGGGAGGGUUGUUUCGUUUCCCACACCUGUUUCAUUCCCCCGUUCCCCCAGUAUUUCCAAGCCUGUACUUGCAAAGGGACAGUUUGGCACUUGAACUUUUUGCUGCCGGGUGCUGCGUGACAUCCCCGGUGCCAACACCAGAAGACAAAAGAAAGAGCAAGAGGGAAAAAGGAUAUGAAGUUAAAAUUUUUUUUAACCUUUUUUUCUCGUGAAGAGUCCAUUCCAUGUCUUUCUUGACAAUAAAGUGAAAAAACAAUAAAAUGGGGAGAAAUAUUGAGGGAUAAAAUUUUUUUGCCUCAUUCCCACCCCACUUUUUUCUUCUUUUUGUUUCUUUUUUUCUCUUUUGGUUUUCUUAUUUUUAUAACUUUCUUUUGCACCUUUAAACAAAAAAAUGUACCUGAGAAGAAGUUCCGAGGAGCCCCCAUCUGCGUUUUUGUGUGUGUGCUUCAUUACAAGAUUCCAAAUCGACUUGCACCUUUUUGAAAUCACCGAUGAUGUGAGAAAGAGAGGAAGAGGAGAGAGAAAGCGAGAAAGAGAGAAGGAAAAGGAAAGGGGAAAGAAGAAAAAAAAGAAAAAAGUGAGCUGAUGCUCACUUUAAAUGGAGAAGGCGUCUGCAUUGCACAUUUGCCACGGAUUUAGUUGAUUUAUAUAUAUAAUAUAUUAUAUAACUUUUUUGGCAAAAAAAGCACUAUUUUUAUGGGACAUUUUGUGUAGUAUCUGAAGAGGGAUUGUAAUGUUUAAAAUGUGUUAUGGUGCUAAAGUAAGUUGGAAGGGAAAAAACCCAGAAAUAGCAAGGGAGGGUGGGGAGGGAAGACAAGAUAGCGAAUACUGAACUUGAAAUUUUAGCUUUUCGUUUUAGGAAAAGUGUGAUAAAUGUGUUUCUUUUCUCUUCUGAAAUAUAGCUUGGUCAUGACCAUAUGAGCUAGUUGGCUGUUACUCAUGUACACAGAUGCACGCACACACAGAAAUACAUCAACACGCAUCCUUUUUUU